CUUUAUUGUUGUUGCUGGGUUUCGGGGGUUCGAAUUUCGAAUUUCGGAGCGCAUAAUCGAAGCGCCGUGGAUUUUUUGCAUUUUUUUUGAGUUCAAAUAGUUCGUUAAUAAGAGUGGCGGCAAACGACGGAAUUCAGUUGCGAUCGAGAUAGUAUGUAGUUUAAAGUGCUAAGAAAAGAGGAGCGACGCCAGCGGGCGAAAAAGGAGAUAACCGAAAACGAAAAACACGACCAAGCAACGUUGAAAGAGAGUAAAAAAAUGAUCGAACCGUAAAUUCAAAUACAUAAUGCUUAGUAUAUAAUAAUUUGACCAAAACAAAUGCCAAGUGAGAGAGCGAAAAACGCUGGAAAUAAGUAAAUAAGUGAUCUUGGCCGAAUCCCGUUCGUUAUUGUUGUUGUUAUGGCUGUUGUAACUCGUUUUUUACUUUAAUGCGCGCGUGUAUGAAUCACACAAAGACAACAACAACAACAACAACAACAAAACAAACAAUAACAACGCUGCGAUACGGUAAAAUAUGCUAAGUAAAUAGCGAAAGAGAGUUCGAGUCCGAGAGAGAGAGAGACACCGAAGAGCGCGCGAAAGAGGAGAAGACCACUACACAAGUACAUACUGGAAAACGAUCCUUUUUCCAGGCACGCGGCCGUCUCGCUCGCACCCAUGCCGCCCUAGACCAACUUUUGUUGCAGCUGCCUAACAACCAACAACAACACACACUGGAAGUGCACAGGAGCAACAAGGAUGGCAAUAGCUGGAAAACGACCAUGAUGAUGAUGCGGUCGCCACAAAAACAACAACAACAAGCUGCUGCAGGCAGACGAGCAUAGCCUAAAAAAAAAACAGAGUAGUAAUAGGAAAAAUUCCGAAAAAUACGAAGAAACGAUCGCCGAAUUCAAUAAUCAAGUGCAUAUGUGUGUGCAAAAUAGAAAGUGCAUUGCAUUUCGAGAGCCGACAAAAGAUAAUAAUAGUAGUUAUUGUUAAUACGAAAAGUACGAAAUGAAGGUCACCGUCUGCUUCGGCGACGUUCGCAUUCUGGUUCCCUGCGGUUCCGGCGAACUCCUCGUCAGCGAUCUCGUCAAGGAGGCCACGCGACGCUACAUCAAGGCAGCCGGCAAGCCCGAUUCCUGGGUGACCGUGACCCAUCUGCAGACACAGUCGGGCAUCCUCGAUCCGGAUGACUGUGUGCGCGACGUGGCCGACGACCGGGAGCAGAUACUGGCCCACUUCGAGGACCCGGGACCGGAUCCGGGCGUCCCGCAGGGCGGCGGCGACGGUGCGUCGGGCAGUUCGUCCGUGGGCACCGGCUCGCCGGACAUUUUCCGCGAUCCGACCAACACGGAGGCGCCCACCUGUCCGCGCGAUCUGUCCACGCCGCACAUCGAGGUGACCAGCACUACGUCGGGUCCGAUGGCCGGACUAGGAGUGGGCCUGAUGGUCCGUCGCAGCAGUGAUCCCAAUCUGCUGGCCUCCCUGAAGGCGGAGGGCAGCAACAAGCGCUGGUCGGCGGCGGCUCCCCACUACGCUGGCGGAGAUUCCCCCGAGCGCCUGCUCCUGGACAAGGCCGGUGGCCAGUUGUCGCCCCAGUGGGAGGAGGACGACGAUCCCGGCCAGCAGCUAAAGGAGCAGCUGCUCCAGCAGCAGCAGCAGCCACAUGGAGCAGGAUCAGCCAACAACCACCAGCCAUUCGCUCGAUCCGGCCGCCUGUCCAUGCAGUUUCUGGGCGACGGCAAUGGCUACAAGUGGAUGGAGGCGGCCGAGAAGCUGCAGAGCCAGCCGACAACAGCCCAGCAGAUGCAUCAUCAUCAUCCCUCUGGCAGCUCCUAUUCCAGCAAAUCGCUGCCCCGGGAGAGCAAGCGCAAGGAGCCGCUGGGCCAGGCAUACGAAUCCAUACGCGAGAAGGACGGCGAGAUGCUGCUGAUCAUCAACGAGUACGGCAGUCCGCUGGGACUGACGGCUCUGCCCGACAAGGAGCACGGCGGCGGACUGCUGGUGCAGCACGUGGAGCCGGGCAGUCGGGCGGAGAGGGGACGGCUGCGUCGCGAUGAUCGCAUCCUCGAGAUCAACGGCAUCAAGCUGAUCGGACUGACUGAGUCGCAGGUUCAGGAGCAGCUGCGUCGGGCCUUGGAGAGCUCGGAGCUGAGGGUUCGAGUGCUGCGCGGGAAUCGGAGCAGAAACUCCAAGGUGGCCGAGAUGGUGGAGGUGGCCACGGUGUCGCCCACCCGGAAGCCACAUGCCGCUCCAGUCGGCACCUCCCUCCAGGUGGCCAACACACGCAAGCUGGGCAGAAAGAUUGAGAUACUGCUGAAGAAGGGACCCAAUGGACUGGGCUUCUCGGUGACGACGCGCGACAAUCCCGCCGGCGGACAUUGCCCCAUCUACAUCAAGAACAUCCUGCCGCGCGGAGCAGCCAUCGAGGAUGGUCGCCUGAAGCCUGGCGAUCGCCUGCUGGAAGUGGACGGCACUCCGAUGACGGGGAAGACGCAAACGGAUGUGGUGGCCAUUUUGAGGGGAAUGCCAGCGGGGGCCACUGUGAGGAUUGUGGUCUCGCGGCAGCAGGAGUUGGCCGAGCAGGCUGGCCAGCCGGCGGCGGAGAAGAGUGUGACUGCAGUUGCUGCUCCCGCUCCGGCUGCCAUUCCAAUUCCCGUCCAGAAAUCCAGCAGUGCACGAUCUCUGUUUACCCAGCAAUCGCAGCUCAACGAAUCUCAGCACUUUAUCGAUGCGGGCAGCGAGUCGGCGGCCUCGAAUGACAGCCUGCCCCCGAGCAGCAACAACUGGCAUUCGCGCGAGGAGCUGACCCUUCACAUUCCCGUUCACGACACCGAAAAGGCCGGACUGGGGGUCAGUGUGAAGGGCAAGACGUGCUCGAAUCUGAAUGCCUCCGGAUCGAGUGCCUCCAGCGGCAGCAACGGAGGAGGAGGAGCAGGAGGACUGAUGAAGCUCGACGGCGACCUGGGGAUAUUCGUGAAGAACGUCAUCCAUGGUGGAGCGGCGUCGCGCGACGGUCGCCUGCGGAUGAACGAUCAGCUGCUGAGCGUGAAUGGAGUAUCGCUAAGGGGUCAAAAUAACGCCGAGGCCAUGGAGACACUGCGUCGAGCGAUGGUCAAUACGCCCGGCAAGCAUCCGGGCACCAUAACCCUGCUCGUGGGCCGCAAGAUCCUGCGAUCGGCCAGCUCCAGCGACAUCCUGGACCACAGUAGCAGCCAUAGUCACAGCAAUAGCAGCAGCGGCGGGAGCAAUUCGAAUGGCAGCGGCCAUAACAACAAUAGCAGCUCGAAUGCCAGCGACAAUUCCGGAGCCACGGUCAUCUACUUGAGUCCCGAGAAGCGGGAGCAGCGUUGCAAUGGCGGCGCCACUGGAGGCAGUGCCGGCAAUGAGAUGAACAGAUGGAGCAACCCCGUUUUGGAUCGCCUAACCGGUGGCAUUUGCUCGUCGAACUCAGCGCAGCCAUCCUCCCAGCAGCAGCAGCCGACACAUCCCUCCCAGCAGCAACAGCAGACGCAGCAGCAGCAGCAACAGCAGCGCCGCCUGCCCGCACCGCCCGUUUGCAGCAGUGCAGCGUUGAGGAACGAGAGCUACUACAUGGCCACCAACGACAACUGGUCGCCGGCGCAGCUGCACCUGCUCACUGGCCACGGCAACACGGCGCUGCUCAUCGAGGACGACGCUGAGCCCAUGUCGCCAACCCUGCCGGCGCGUCCUCACGAUGGGCAGCACUGCAACGCGAGCAGCGCCAAUCCAUCGCAGAAUUUGAACGCAGCCGGCGGAAGCCAUCCGGUGGUCGUGGUACCGGGCACACCGUCGACGUCCAGCAACUUUGAUGCCACCUACUCGUCGCAACUGAGCCUGGAGACCAACUCCGGCGUGGAGCACUUCUCGCGCGAUGCCCUCGGCAGGCGCAGCAUCUCGGAGAAGCAUCAUGCGGCGCUGGAUGCCCGCGAAACGGGCACCUAUCAGCGGAACAAGAAGUUGCGCGAGGAGCGGGAGCGCGAGCGACGCAUCCAGCUGACCAAGUCGGCUGUCUACGGGGGAUCCAUUGAGUCGCUCACCGCCCGCAUAGCCAGUGCGAAUGCCCAGUUCUCGGGCUACAAGCACGCGAAGACGGCUUCGAGCAUCGAGCAGCGGGAGACGCAGCAGCAAAUGGCCGCGGCCGCCGAGUCGGAGGCCAGGGAUCAGCUGGGCGAUCUCGGCCCGUCGCUGGGCAUGAAGAAGUCCUCGUCGCUGGAGUCGCUGCAGACGAUGGUGCAGGAGCUGCAGAUGUCCGAUGAGCCGCGUGGCCAUCAGGCGCUGCGGGCGCCGCGUGGGCGUGGCAGGGAGGAUAGUCUGCGAGCGGCGGUGGUCAGCGAACCAGAUGCGAGCAAGCCCCGCAAGACCUGGCUUCUGGAGGACGGCGAUCACGAGGGCGGCUUCGCUGCGCAGCGGAAUGGACCCUUUCAGAGCUCCCUGAACGAUGGCAAGCAUGGCAGCAAGUCGUCGCGGGCCAAGAAGCCGAGCAUUCUGCGCGGCAUCGGGCACAUGUUCCGCUUCGGCAAGAACCGCAAGGACGGCGUGGUGCCGGUGGACAAUUAUGCGGUGACCAUAUCGCCGCCCACAUCGGUGGUCUCCACCGCCACGUCGCCGCAGUUGCAGCAGCAGCAGCAGUUGCAGUUGCAACAGCAGCAGCAGCAGCUGCAGCAGCAACAGAUACCCACCGCUGCAUUGGCCGCGCUGGAGAGGAAUGGCAAGCCGCCGGCGUAUCAACCGCCGCCACCGCUGCCUGCUCCGAAUGGCGUUGGUGGUAGCAAUGGCAUCCAUCAGAACGACAUCUUCAACCAUCGCUAUCAGCACUAUGCCAACUACGAGGAUCUGCACCAGCAGCAUCAGCAGCACCAGAUUAGUGGAGACGAGUCCCCCACAUCCAUUUCGGAAACGCUUUCGGAGUCGACGCUCGAGUGCAUGCGACAGCAGGUCAUCCGGCAGCGCAUCAAGGUCGAGGCGGAAAGUCGCCGCCAUCAGCAUUACCAUUCGCAGCGCAGUGCGCGCUCGCAGGAUGUGAGCAUGCACUCGACGAGCUCCGGCUCCCAGCCGGGAUCCUUGGCCCAGCCGCAGUCGCAAUCCAAUGGCAGCGGAGUCCGUCCCAUGAGCAGCUACUACGAGUACGAGACGGUGCAGCAGCAGAGGGUGGGCAGCAUCAAGCACAGCCACAGCAGCAGCGCCACCUCGUCCUCCUCGUCGCCCAUCAAUGUGCCGCACUGGAAGGCGGCGGCCAUGAACGGCUACUCGCCGGCCAGCCUGAACAGCAGCGCUCGGAGUCGCGGUCCGUUUGUGACCCAGGUGACCAUACGUGAGCAGAGCCACCUGCUGCAGCAGCAUCACCAGCAGCAGCAACAGCAGCAGCAGCUUCAGCAGCAGCCCACCUACCAGACCGUUCAGAAGAUGUCCGGAGCAUCGCAAUAUGGCACUGCCGCCGGCUCCCAGCCGCACGCCUCCAAGGUGUGACUAUAGGUGUUGGCGCAGGCGCGCGCCACCCGCGAUGUGCUGGCCGAGAACCGGGUCAUUCUCAGCGAGGCCAACGAGGAGGUGGAGGUCUUCUACUUUGCCACCGAGUGCUGAAUUUAGUUUGUUUAGUUUGGAG